AUGUCUAUAUCUUUUCGUAUAGGUAAGCCAUUCCCAAUUGAUUCGGAGAUAGAGAAGACUACAAAGAAGUUAAGGAAGCAAGCCAAGCUUCGUAAGAGGCAACCGGUUUCCGGUACUUCUUCAUCAUCCGAUCCCCCGGUCAUCAACAUUUGGGAGGACAUACCCCUCUCAAGUGUAUCCGCAUCAGAAACAAAAAGCCCAUCACUCUCACCACAACUAGCCUCACCAAUAAAUAUCACUCCACCCUCUUCACCUGUUCAUAAUAUCCUAAACAGUUCACCUACAGAAACAUCACCCAAUUCUCAAGCCAUGGCAGAUAACCCUGGAGGGAAUCAAGGUCCUCCAAACCCACCACCCGAACAAACUCUCCGUCAAUGGUCAAGACAAGAGGUGACUCAACAACCUCUUUGCAUCACAUACCCAGCCGUCACCAACUUGGAACUAAAAUUUGGGCUUAUCCACUUACUCCCAACUUUUAGAGGUUUGGAGAAUGAAGAUCCUCACAAGUUCCUCACCGAGUUCCAUGUAGUAUGUGUGGGUAUGAAACCACACAAUGUCACGGAGGACCAAAUCAAGCUUAGGGCAUUCCCCUUUGUGGUGCAAGACGUAGCCAAAGAUUGGCUUUAUGACCUCCCACCGGGGACGGUAACUACUUGGGUAGAUCUUGCAAGGUUGUUUUUGGAUAAGUACUUUCCCGAGAUGAAAGCUUCCGCCCUACGGAGGGAAAUCAUUGGAAUCAAGCAGAACAAGAGAGAAGCUUUUCACACAUAUUGGGAUCGAUUCAAGAAACUUUGUGCUCGUUGUCCAAAGCACGGGAUCACCGAGUAUCAGCUCCUACAGUAUUUCAUUGAAGGUAUGACCCCCAUGGAAAGAAGGCUUCUCAAUGCUUCUAGUGGCGGAUCUUUGCCCGAUAAGACCCCAACUGAGAUCCGAAAUCUAAUCAAGAGCAUGGCCGAAGAUUCCAAACAUUCAAGCCAUGACGAAGAAUGGUAUACGGAUGCACCCCGGGGUGUAAAAGAAGUUCAAACUCCUCAGAUUGAAGCUCAAUUGUCCGAGCUCAUGAAAGUAGUCAUGAUGUUGGCCAAAGACAAAGGUGUGCAACCCACACCCCACCCAUGCGGUAUUUGCACCCAAGUGGGGCAUCCAACCGAUAUGUGCCCACAACUCCAAGAAGAAGAUUAUGAAGAAGCGAAAGUCAUGGGAGGCUAUUCUGGGGCAAAUCAGAGAGGUUAUGAGCAACCAAGAGGUGAUCAGCGAUGGAACAAUAAUCAAGGGUGGGGAGGCAAUCAACAAGGGAAUUAUCAGCAAAAUCAAUCGCAUCAAUAUCAACCAAGACCACCAUUUCUUCAAAAUCAACAACGACCACCCUUCCAACCUCAAAAUUACCAACCAAGGUACCCACAACAACCCCCUACACAAGCAAGUUCUUCAAGUAUGUCCUUAGAGGACAUAGUGAAAAGCCUUGCCAUAAGCACUCAAUGCUUUCAACAAGAAACCAAGGCAAGCAUAAAAAGCUUGGAGCAACAAGUAUCACAACUUGCUCAGUUCGUGAGUAAGAUGGAGUCGCAAGGCAAGCUACCCUCUCAAACGGAGAAGAACCCAAAACACAAUGUGUGUGCAAUUACUCUAAGAGGUGGGAAAAGCUAUGAAAGUCCAAGGAUGCCGGAUGAAGAAGAAGAAGAGAAAGAGAUUGAGGUGGAAGAGGCUAUCAAAGAAAAGGAAAAGAAGAGUACUCCAAAGUCUAGGAAGCUAACAGAAUCUGAAGUGAAAGUCACACCAGCUCCAUUUCCUUCAAGGCUGGCAAGCACCAAAAGAGAAAGGGAAGAUGACGAAAUCAUGGCCAUGCUUCGAAAGGUUGAAAUCAAUAUCCCUCUUUUAGAUGUCAUUACACAGAUUCCUAGAUAUGCUAAGUUCCUUAAGGAACUUUGCACAUCUAAGAAAAAGCUUAAAGCAAAUCAAACUGUGAAGGUUGGUGAAAAUAUCUCAGCCGUGUUACAAAAGCGGCUACCAAAAAAAUGCAAGGACCCGGGUGUUUUCACGGUUCCUUGCAAAAUGGGUAACCUUUUUGUACCACAUGUCAUGCUUGAUCUUGGAGCAUCAAUUAAUGUCUUACCCUAUUCAAGUUAUAAGACAAUGGGAAUUGGACCUUUAUCAAAAACCGGAGUUAUCAUUCAACUUGCUGACCGGUCUUUGGUACACCCGAAAAGUGUAUUGGAGGACGUGUUAGUGCGAGUUAAUGAGCUUGUUUUCCCGCUGACUUUUAUGUUUUAG